AUGGAGUCUCACGAUCAGCCGCCCCAGGACGUCCUCCUCCACCACCAUGCCGACGACACUCUCGGCGGCAUCGACGGCUCGCCGCGUGUCGACUCGCCCUCCCAGAACAAUGGCAUCAGCCGGCCCGAUAGCAGACUUCGGCAUGGCCAGAGCCAGUCCCUCGACCACGGCAUAUCCUCCCAUUCCCCACGCCCAGAAGAGGCGGCCGCCCAUCAAGACGAAUAUCAUCAGCGCUACACAAACACCCCUCCAAUCCCCGCAGCCCCCGCCGCCUCCAUCUCCCGCCCUGCGUCAGGCCUCUCGGGCGCAGGCGCCGCCACCAACAGCAGCGACAAUGCGCCGCAACAGCAACACCAAUAUGGAGGCAGCGAGCACGGAUCACGAGGGGGCAGCGGCCAGAGCGCCGAGGCUGCCGCCAGCAACGCUGCCGCCAACGGCCGAAACCACGUCGUAAUAAAGGUCGGCAUGGUGGGUGACGCACAGAUCGGCAAGACGAGCUUGAUGGUCAAGUACGUCGAGGGCAGCUGGGACGAGGACUACAUCCAGACGCUGGGUGUCAACUUUAUGGAGAAGACAAUCUCCAUCCGCAACACGGAAAUCACUUUCUCCAUCUGGGACUUGGGCGGCCAGCGCGAGUUCGUCAACAUGCUGCCGCUCGUAUGCAACGACGCCGUUGCCAUUCUGUUCAUCACAAGCCACAGCAUCAACGUGCAAAAGAUCUUCAAAAUUGUCCUGUCCAAAGCCUUCGAUCUCAAGUGCACGAUCCCUGAGAUCGAGAACGUCGGCGAACCCCUCCUACUCUACCAAAGCUGCUGA